UUGAAAAAUUCCAACCUUGGCCCUAGGCUAUUUCAUCAAACGCAAUCUUAAGUAAAAGCUUGCUUUUCACUUUUCAAAGGAAUUGGAGAGUGCCUCUGGAAGCUGCGCCAGGAGCUGCUUGGGCUUCUAAAGUGUCCAACGGAGAUUUAAUCAUCUAAGCUUUGAAAUAGGGUCGUGCGAAGAGGCCCAGAGUGAAACACUGAAAGAGGCCAGCAUCAGCAUGAGGACCCCAACAAGUCAAACUGGUGAGAUGAGCAAAACGGAAGGCAGCUUUCAAGGUUCGUUUCAAGCAGUUGGCUUGUGGGAAUCUGAGAGACGCUGCUGUCCAUGACAUGUUGGAGUUAUCAUGAUCAACUACUCAGUCUGGAUUUCACCCAGUGGCCAACAGAUCUGCAUGGUAGACAGCAAGGGUUGGAUUUUUAAGAAGAGUAAACCAGGCCCGUGACCAAGGCGUAGACUAAGAGGUGGAGUCAUGCUUCACCCGGCCAUAUCAUGUUGGCAGCCGUUCCUGGGUCUGGCUGUGGUGUUCAUCUUCAUGGGGUCCACCAUCGGCUGCCCUGCUCGCUGUGAGUGCUCCGCCCAGAACAAAUCUGUUAGCUGCCACAGGAGGCGACUGAUCGCCAUCCCAGAGGGCAUCCCCAUCGAGACCAAAAUCUUGGACCUCAGCAAGAACAGACUGAAAAGCGUCAACCCUGAAGAAUUCCUAUCAUAUCCUCUCCUCGAGGAGAUAGACCUGAGUGACAACAUCAUCGCCAAUGUGGAGCCAGGAGCGUUUAACAGUCUCUUCAACCUGCGUUCCCUCCGCCUGAAAGGCAAUCGCCUGAAGUUGGUCCCAUUGGGGGUAUUCACGGGGCUGUCCAACCUCACCAAGCUGGACAUCAGCGAGAAUAAGAUUGUCAUCUUACUGGACUACAUGUUCCAGGAUCUGCAUAACCUGAAGUCCCUGGAGGUGGGGGACAAUGAUCUGGUUUAUAUAUCACACAGGGCCUUCAGUGGGCUGCUUAGCUUGGAGCAGCUCACCCUGGAGAAGUGCAACCUCACCGCGGUACCAACAGAAGCCCUCUCCCACCUCCACAGCCUCGUGAGCCUGCAUCUGAAGCAUCUCAAUAUCAACACUAUGCCUGUGUAUGCCUUUAAAAGAUUGUUCCACCUGAAGCACCUGGAGAUUGACUAUUGGCCUUUACUGGAUAUGAUGCCUGCCAAUAGCCUGUAUGGUCUCAACCUCACCUCCCUCUCGAUCACCAAUACCAACCUGUCCACCGUGCCCUUCCUGGCCUUUAAACACCUGGUCUACCUGACCCACCUUAACCUCUCCUACAACCCCAUCAGCACCAUCGAAGCAGGGAUGUUCUCUGACCUGAUCCGCCUUCAGGAGCUUCACAUAGUGGGGGCCCAGCUCCGUACCAUUGAGCCACACUCCUUCCAAGGGCUCCGCUUCCUUCGCGUGCUCAAUGUGUCUCAGAACCUACUGGAAACUUUGGAAGAGAAUGCCUUCUCCUCCCCUAGGGCUUUGGAGGUCCUGAGCAUUAACAACAACCCCCUGGCCUGCGACUGCCGCCUCCUCUGGAUCCUGCAGCGGCACCCCACCCUGCAGUUUGGCGGCCAGCAGCCCAUGUGUGCUGGCCCAGACACCAUCCGUGAGCGGUCCUUCCAGGAUUUCCACAGCACUGCCCUCUCUUUUUACUUUACCUGCAAAAAACCCAAAAUCCGUGAGAAGAAGUUGCAGCACCUGCUAGUGGAGGAAGGGCAGAUGGUCCAGUUAGAAUGCAGUGCGGACGGGGACCCUCAGCCUGUGAUUUCCUGGGUGACGCCACGAAGGCGUUUUAUCACCGCCAAGUCCAAUGGCAGAGCUACCGUGUUGGGUGACGGCACCUUGGAAAUCCGCUUUGCCCAGGACCAAGACAGCGGGAUGUACGUUUGCAUUGCCAGCAACGCUGCUGGGAACGACACCUACACAGCCUCCCUGACUGUGAAAGGAUUCACUUCAGACCGCUUCCUUUAUGCCAACAGGACCCCUAUGUACAUGACCGACUCCAAUGACACCCUGUCCAAUGGCACCAACGCCAAUACCUUUUCCCUGGACCUGAAAACAAUACUGGUGUCUACAGCCAUGGGCUGUUUCACAUUCCUGGGUGUGGUUUUAUUUUGUUUUCUCCUCCUUUUUGUAUGGAGCCGAGGGAAAGGCAAGCACAAAAACAGCAUUGACCUUGAGUACGUGCCCCGAAAAAACAAUGGUGCUGUUGUGGAAGGGGAGGUGGCUGGACCCAGGCGGUUCAACAUGAAAAUGAUCUGAGGGUCUGCCACUCACACUUGUGUCUGUGUCCUUGUCCGUAACCAGCAGGACAACCUGGCGCAGUCAAUUACUAGGUUGAAAGGCAGCUGAGUGCAGCUGCCCCUGUGUCAGAGCAGGGUCUGUGGAAGCAGGAGGACUGCUUAACGGAGAUGCUCCACCUAGAGGCAGGCAGGCUGGUGUCAAGGCCCUUCACACAGUGGGAUACUAAUUGUUUGCAUUGCAAAUAUUGGCAUUCUGGGGAUCUCAGUAAGGAACCUGAACCUUGGCUCACGCUCCUGGACAGUUAUUCAACAUUUUCUACCACUGCA